UCCACUGCGAGUAGAAGUUAUAACGCAAAGUUAUUGUCACAAAAUGGAAAGGUUUGAGAAAUUACUUUGUGUCAUACUUCUGUUCUGUCAAUUUAAAUCAGUUUUAACAUUACCUGUAGAACCUGUUUGUUCAAAAUUUGCGUACGAAGAACAAUUACUUGAAAAAAUGGUGCGUAUGGAAUUCUUUGUGGAGAAUAUGCAGAAAGAUGUACAAAAAAAGCAUUACCAAUGUUAUGGACGUUAUGAAUGGCAUAAAAGAGAAAAACGUUGAAAUAACGGAUAAUCUUUCAGGUUUGCGUGAAAAGAUAGAGAAAGUGGAUUUGAAGGUUGAAAAUGUAACUGACACAAUGAAGGGCAUAAAAGAAAAAAACAUUGAAGUGGCGGAUAAUCUUUCAGAAUUACAUGGAAAGAUAGAGAAAUUGGAAAACAUUAAUGACAAAGAAGAGAUAACGGCAUCCGAGACACCAGCAGUAGCAUUUAAUGCACGCGAGGCAGUAGAGUAUUCCGGUACGGAUACUGUAGUGUUUUCAACAGUUAUACUGAAUGAAGGUAAAGCGUAUAACGACAAAACUGGAUUCUUCACAGCUCCGAUUGAUGGGAUAUACCAGUUCAAUGCCCAUCUUUGCUUUGUACGGGAGAUCGAUGUAGAGUACUAUCUUAAAGUUGAAAGUAACUCUAUUGCAAGUGGAGAGUAUCGGGUCCCACAAGGUACAACUGACUUAAAGUGCACGUCUUUCAGCGCCGUUGCCUUGGUUCGAAAAGGCGAAAAAGUGCACGUCGGAGGCAUGUCCUUUAAGAAUUUACAACAAGCGAGUAAUGACUGGAACUCUUUCUCUGGUGUACUGACACAUAAAGUGUAGACAAACAUGAUGUGUUGUAUCUGACAGUCAAAGUAUAGACAAAUGUAAAUGAUGAACUUACUCUCUUAUGCUUCAAAGAUAUUUGACAAUAUUUAGCAUGUAUAUCCAACCCGCAUUUACAUAUUUUUGAAAAUGAACUGCUUGAUUUCAUUCAAAAUGCAAAACUUGAUGGAAAUAAUUAUCUAAAAGA